CAAAAGCCUGAUUAAUGCAUUUAAACAAGUAGAUAUAGUCAUAUCCUCGGUUGCAAUUCCUCAACAUAUGGAUCAGCUAAAGAUCAUAAGAGCCAUCCAAGAAGUUGGGAAUAUCAAGAGAUUUCUCCGAUCAGAGUUUGGCAACGAUGUAGAGAGGGUGAAAGCUUUGCCUCCCUUUCAGAAGGUAUGUGAUGAUAAAAAGGUAAUCCGCAGGGCUAUUGAACAAGCAGGGAUUCCUUAUUCCUUCAUUUCUGCUAACUCCUUUGGGGCAUAUUUUGUCGAUUAUUUUGUUCAUCCUCGGCGUAGUCCACAACCGGAGGAAAUUGUCAUUUAUGGCGAUGGACUCAUAAAAGGUAUAUUGUGUAAAUUAAGUUUCAAAUAAUAUCACAUGUGAAAGGAAAUCAGAAGAAUAACAGAACUGAUGCGACAUUUGAGUGUUGUGCAGCGGUUUUGAAUUUAGAGGACGACGUUGCAGCUUUUACUAUAAUGGUAGCAAACGACACAAGAACAUUAAACAAGCUUGUGAUUUACAGGCCACCAGGGAACAUAAUUAGCCAGAGUGAGCUUGUAUCCCUGUGGGAGAAGAAAACAGGGACCACUUUUAAGAGAGUUUUUAUGUCAGAAUCUGACAUGAUCAAUCUCU